AUGCAGGACUACAAGCUGGACCCCACUGGACCAGCACCAGAAUGCUUCAUCAACCAAUUUACGUCGGGUCUGGCGAGCAUCAACGUGAUUCUGCUGUCGCGUUACAGUGGCGGUACUCUUAAGGCGGCUCUGGAGCGCGUGGCUGCGGUGGUCUUCUCUUCCGUUGUGGGUCAAAUUGGUUACGUGGCGCUCGGAUGGUGUGACGACACCGCCAGGGUGCUAACAGUGAUCAGCGUCGUCUUUGUAACGUGGGCCUUCAUGUACUUGAAAAACGAUGGAAGCCCGGAUGUCCAGGCCAUCGCGCAGAGGUUGGCGGCGAUCACGGUCUCAAGUCUUAUGGGCGUUUGCUCGAACGAGUCUGGCACCGCAAAGACGUACUCAGGCCAGUACCACUCUUUGAGUGA